AUGGAGUCAAAUUGUUUGAAACAAGAAGAUCAAUUAGAACAUUUGAAAAAAGCAUUCAGAAAUUACAAAAAAUCACCUAAAGAGAGAAUUACACAAUCGUUUAUUGAAGCUAGAAUGGAUCAUUUAGAGAAAUUAUAUACAGUCUUCUUUAAUCAACAUACAGAAAUUAUUGCCAAGAUUACAGCCGAAGAUAAACAAAGACUACUGUAUUUUAGAAAUGAAAUGUUCGAUGAUUUUGAAGAUGUUUAUUUGGAAUACAAGGUUAAAUUGAUGGACGAUCUUAAGCGAAUUCUACCAACAACCUCUGUGGCAUCAAAGCAGAGUAAUAGUACAGUUACUCAGCCCACUACAUCAUCGUGUGAGGUGAGGCUACCCCAAAUCAAUUUGCCCUUAUUCUCAGGCGGAUACGAAGACUGGCAGGCCUAUCAUGACAUGUUCGUCUCUCUCAUUCAUGAAAAUGGAAAUCUAAGUGCAGUACAAAAGCUGCAUUAUUUAAAGAGCAGCCUAUCCGGAGAGCCAGCUAGUCUGCUUAAAAAUUUGUCAACCACAGAGAACAAUUAUACAGAAGCAUGGAAGCAAUUAAUUACAAGAUAUAACAAUUUAAGAUAUAAUACAAAUGAGAUAAUGAAGAAACUAUUUACACAAAGAAAUAUACUGACCGAAUCGGCAACUGGUUUGAAACAAUUAUUGGAUACAACCAACUCGUGUCUGAAGUCCUUAAAUAAUUUAGGCAUAAAAAUUGAAAACUGGGAUGUCAUCAUCAAUUAUCUAAUUGUCUCUAAACUUGAUCAAGAAUCACGGAAGCAGUGGGAAGUAUAUGUAAGCCAAUCUGAUUCUGAUACAUUGCCGACUUGGUCAGAUCUAACCAAAUUUUUAGAAACACGCUUCAGGACAUUAGAAAUGAUUGCUCCACAUAAACAAAUAAUCAAACAAAAAUCUUUUCAUUCUGCAAUUGAAAAUGUAGCAACCAAUACACGUAAUAGUAUCUGCACUAUGUGUUCCAGACCACACAUGUUAUAUCAGUGCAAACAAUUUGGCAACCAGUCUCCUGAAGAAAGGACAGAGUUUGUACAAUCAAAGAGACUGUGUUUCAACUGUUUGGCACAUAAUCAUUCUGUUAAGUUUUGCCGUCAAUCAACUUGCUGUCGACGUUGCGGCAGACGACAUCACUCCUUGUUGCACCUUGAGAGAAAAAUAGAAUCAACUCCUAACGAAAGCAAGGAGCCAAAUGAGCAAGUUACUAAUGAAAAGGAAACUAAAAUAUCAACUCAUUUUGCACAAGAAACACAAGGCGAAAUAUUAUUAGCAACAGCUCUAGUGAAGAUUAAAUCAAGCAAUGGAUAUUGUCAAAUUGUACGAGCGCUAAUUGAUCAAGGUUCCGAGGCAUCAUUCGUGAACGAAGCUACAGUGCAAGCUUUGGGCCUUAAAAGAUCUGCCGUAAACGGUCUUAUAAGUGGAGUGGGUGAUGGAAAGACUCGCACGAAAAGUAUGGUGUCAUUCGUACUAGGAUCACGCUUUAAUUCACUUUCCAUACCUGUUAACGCAUAUGUUUUGAGUACAUUGACAUCUUUUCUACCUAAUAAUUCAACUUUGAUCACGGACUGGCCAGAACUUGAGAAUUUAUCACUGGCAGAUCCUCAGUUUGGAGUACCUAGCAAAAUAGACAUUAUUUUGGGUGUUGACAUACUAACUAAAAUAAUUUUAAAUGGUCUUAAAAAACAUCCAGGUGAACGUAGUCUAAUUGCACAAAAUACGCAAUUAGGCUGGAUACUAUCGGGAAGAAUUAAUAAUAUUAAUCAAUCAAAUCCUAGAAUUAUCAAUCUUCAUCUACAAGUGAAGGAAGAUCAACUCUUAGCCAAGUUCUGGGAAAUAGAGAGAGGGCCAGAAAGUAUAGAAAAGAAAAUUACAAAAGAAGAAAGGUCAUGUGAAGACUUUUUUGAAAAAACGACAACCAGAGACCAUAACGGACGGUAUAUGGUAAAACUACCUUUUAAAGAAGAAAAUCCACAAUGUUUUAAAGGUGAAACUAGAAACAUUGCAUUACGGAGAUUUCAACUAUUAGAAAAGAAAUUGAAAAGGGAUCCAGACUUGUAUGAAAAAUAUGUAAACGUCAUCGAAGAUUAUAUUAUACAAGGUCAUAUGGUAGAAAUUACUGAACAAAAGAAUAGUUCUAAAGCAGUUUAUCUCCCCCAUCAUGCAGUUGUAAGGGAGGAUAAAGAGACAACCAAAGUACGAUGCGUUUUUGAUGCAUCCUGCAAGGGAAGCAAUAAUGUUUCUCUGAAUGAUUGUUUUUUGAUAGGUCCUAAACUACAACAAGACUUGAGGCAUAUUUUAAUGAGGUGGAGAAAACAUACUUACUGUAUUGUAGCUGACAUUGUACAAAUGUACCGACAGAUUCGUGUGCAUAAUGAUGAUACAGACUGUCAAAGAAUUUUAUGGAGAUCAAAUUCAAAUCAGCCAAUAAAAUGUUAUAAACUAGUAAGACUUACCUUUGGCACUGCUUGCGCACCAUACCUUGCUGUAAAAUGUCUCCAACAAUUAGCUAUUGAUGAGCAGUCUAAGUAUCCAAUAGCAGCGAAGAUAACAUUACACGAUUUUUAUAUGGAUGAUUUACUGUCUGGUAGUGAAACAGAAAAGGAAAGUAUUGAAAUUUAUGAACAAUUAAAAGAAUUGAUGUUGGCUGGAGGAUUUCAUUUACAAAAAUGGUGUACUAAUAGUGAGAAAUUGCUAAAUCAUAUUAAAACUGACAAACAGAGAUCAGAUCAGUCAGUGGUAUUUAAAGAAAAUAACAUGAUAAAAGUACUAGGGAUCUGUUGGAAUAAAGAUACUGAUAAUUUUGAAUAUACACUUGAGUUGCCAGUAUCAGAAAUGCCGAUUACAAAGCGAAAAGUAUUAUCUGAUAUAGCCAGAUUGUAUGAUCCCUUGGGAUGGAUCGCGCCAGUGAUUAUUACUGCUAAAAUAUAUAUUCAACAAUUAUGGAAAUCUGGCUUGGCUUGGGAUGAUGAUCUCUCACCUGAAUUGUUGAAAAUGUGGCUCGACUUUCGAAGGGAUUUAAUCAACGUUAAAGCUAUAAUUAUCCCAAGAUGGCUGCAAGUAAAAAGAACGGAUGAAGUAGAAUUACACGCAUUCUCAGAUGCUUCACAAACAGCAUUUGCUGCUGCUAUAUAUAUCAAAAUUAAAAACGAAUCAGGCUAUGCUAUAGUACAUUUGAUAACAGCGAAGACAAGAGUUGCGCCCGUAGAGAAGGAAGUAUCAAUACCAAGACUAGAGUUGUGCGCAGCACUUCUUGCUACGCAAUUAAUGUUUGAAGUAUCACAAGUUAUGAGUAUUGCAAGGGAAAAUUUAUACGCUUGGUCGGAUUCUACUGUGACUCUAGCGUGGAUUCGUGGUGAGCCAAGUCGUUGGACGACGUUUGUGAGCAAUAGAGUAUCAGAGAUAUUGACUAUGCUAGAUCGAGACAAAUGGAACUAUGUCAAUACUAAGCACAACCCUGCUGACUGUGCCUCAAGAGGACUUUCAGCAAAGGAAUUAAGCAAUCACAAAUUAUGGUGGUAUGGGCCAGAUUGGCUAAAGGAGAUAAAUGAGUAUAAAAUAAGUAAGCCAGAAGAUUUUGUAACUACAGAGGAACAAAGGCCUAUUAAAGCUAUGACUAUUGAAGUGAGAGUAGAGGAAGAUUUUUUGUGUACAAGAUUUUCAAGUUUACAGAAAAUGUUGAGAGUAUUAUCUUAUUGCAAAAGAGUAUCAUUAUGGAAAAUACCAAAAGAAUUAAGGGUAAUUCCAGAAUGUAUAACAUCAGAAGAAAUGGAAAAGAUUUUAGAAUUAUGUGUAAAGGAAACGCAAAAUAUAUAUUUUAAGGACGAUAUUCAACAGCUAAAAUUAAAAGGAUCUACAUCUAAAUCCAGCAAAUUGCAUACUCUUUGUCCCAUUUUUGACGAAAAUGGUAUUCUCAGAGUCGGUGGUCGCAUCAUGCAUUCUCAAGAAAGUUUUGAUAAAAAACAUUCUAUGAUAUUGCCCGCUACAAGUCAUCUCACAAAACUAAUAAUUUUGGAUGCACAUAUAAAAACAUUGCACGGAGGACCAUUAUCGAUGCUUCAUUAUUUAAGAUCAAAGUUCUGGAUAUUAAGAGCGAGAGAACACGUUAAGAAGAGCUACAGAAAUUGUACUGUAUGUAUUAGAUAUUCGCGACAGCAAAGAAAUAUCUUUAUGGGCCAACUCCCGUCAGUAAGACUGAAACCUGAAAGAGCAUUUAAAUCUACAGGUGUAGAUUUUACAGGAUAUAUAAAAAUCAGAUGUGCCCCAGGUCGCGGUUUAAAGUCAUAUAAAGGCUAUAUUUGUAUUUUUAUUUGUAUGGUUACACGCGCAAUUCAUUUAGAAGCAGUUUCUAAUUUAUCAGCUGAAGGCUUUAUAGCAGCUUUUAGAAGAUUUGUAUCUAGAAGAGGUUACUGUAAGGAUUUAUACAGUGACAAUGGCACCAACUUUAUUGGUGCCGAUAAGGAAUUAAGAGCAAUGUUUAAUAAAGCAGUAUCAGAUUUUCCAAAAGAAGUUUCCUCGUUAUUGGCCAAUGAAGGGACCACGUGGCACUAUAUACCACCCCAAGCUCCUAAUUUUGGGGGGCUUUGGGAGGCCGGCGUGCGCUCCACAAAGGGGCACCUAAAACGAGUUAUAGGAGAGACUACACUGACAUACGAGGAGCUAUCUACCGUACUUACACAAAUAGAGGCAUGUCUGAACUCUCGACCACUGUCUCAAUUGAGUGAUAGUCCAGACGAUCCUUUACCACUUACUCCCGGUCAUUUCCUGGUUGGAGAACCCCUGACCCUUAUUCCAGAUGAAGAUUACUCUAAAAAGCAUGUCACGGGCCUUCAACGUUGGAAAUUGAUUCAAAAAAUGUUAAAUGAUUUUUGGAAGAGAUGGUCUGACGAAUACCUUGUAACAUUAAAUCAACGAUUUAAGUGGACUAUGAAAAGAAGUGAACCGGAGAAUGGUGAUGUUGUUAUAAUUAAGGAUCAGAAUCUACCACCAGCGAAGUGGCUACUUGGUGUAAUUGUCGAGAAGCACACAGGGAAAGACAACAUUACUCGUGUUGUUACAGUAAAAACAAAAAAUGGUUAUCUCAAAAGACCGUGCAAUAAACUAUGUUUCCUGCCUAAAUCUGAGAUACUCAAUGAUAUGGAUAUUUAG